ACGUCAUUCCUCAGCGGUGGGAUUUUAAAAAGCGAAUCUCAUAAACAGCUAGUGUCGUAUAUUUAUGAUUUAUUGAGUUAUAAAGUUAUUAGUUUAUGUGUUAAGUCCUUUAUAAACACUGCAAGGCUGUGCAGUUCCUACAGAGCUCACUGUGUUCUGUGGAACGUCUGGAAUGCUGUGCUUUUUCUGUCCAGCUUCAGCUCUCAGCACAGGUGGAAGCUAAGAGCUGCGGGGCCACCAGUCUCAGCAUGGACAGAAUUACAGCCGUUUCCAUAGAGAUCUGUCACCACAACUAAUGGUAUCACUUCUAUAGGAUUGCUGCUCAUUGUGUAGUUCAGAGCACAAAGAAUAUUUCAGGAUUACAAACUUCAGCUUUGACGACUCCUUUUGCCGGUGUACGUAAAAGGAGCGGACCAGGUCACUGUGUUUACAGGAUUUACCCCGUUACUUGGCUCGUUUCAGCACCGAGGAUUGAACUGAGCCUUAGCCCUGGCUUCACGGGCUGCCCUUGUCCUGGUGGGUCACUCAGUCGGACUGAUGUGGAAUGCAACCUCUAGUGACCCCCUCCCAGAGGUCUCCAUUCAGUGAGCAGCACCAGAAAGAGUGGGGAUAAAAGACAAGAGGACCUGAAACAAAAAAGAGAGAAGGAGCAGCAGCAGCAGGAGCGUUCAGCCUGGUUGGAAAGUUAAAGGGGGCGAGGAGCUUAAAACCCCUGGUAAAAGAAAGAGUGGAAAGCGUGAGUAUAAAAGACAUUUUUGCUGCUUUUCUGGACAUUUAAAAGCUCAAAGGGGGACUGACAAGCCUCAGCUCCAGCUACACAGUUGCUGACAUAAACAGCCAUGCCGGUGGAGACCCUUCGUCCUUCUGAUGGCCGUCUGGCUGGGGGUCCUUUUACUUCAGCCAUGCCUUUCCGCAUUCUGAACAAGGGCCCGGACUACUUCCGCAGGGCUCCUGAGCCUGGGGCUCGAAAGCUGAGUGCAGUGGAGCGCCUUGAGGCUGACAAGGCCAAGUAUGUUAAGAGCCAGCAAGUAGCACUCACAAGGCAGGAGCCUGUGAAGCCACCAAUUAUUCGCAAGCCCCUACUCUCUCCAAGCAUGAUGCUGCAGUGCAAAAUCAACACUCCACCAGCCCGCAAAGUCCCACGUAGACCUAUGGACUUUGUGGAUAAUGGAGGAAGCCCUGGGCAGGGUGCCCGCAGGGGACCACAACUCAACCUGGAGAUCCUAAACAACCUCAUUAAUGUCUCUGAUGGGGUCCAGCCUUCAUCUCCAGUCCCUUCCUCUCCCUCACCUAUGGCCUCAUCUCCCUCAUCUGGAGGAAAGAGCAUGGGGAGUGGACAUUCUGCAACAGAGAAUUCACAAAGUUUCAGCUUUAAAGGACACCUUCUGUCAACGGCUGAUUCUGUCAACUCCUGCACUUCCUCUCCUCUUAACAACCACAUUCAGCCUCCUUGUCCUGCUGUUCCAGAGCCCAGCCGCAGGCCUCCCCCUGUACCAGCCAGAGCUCCCCGGCUCCCUGCACAGGGCACCUCCUAUGGGAGCCCAAAUUCUGUGACAGUUCGGCGGGUGGACGUGCGGCCGCAAGCAGAGGUCAGGAAGCCUCAACGGAUUCCCCUGAAGCCUCAACCCAAACCUAGACAGACUGUUCAGCCACAGAUCGCCCAGCCACAGGUACCACCUCCACCACCUCCAUCUUCUAAGCCUCCCUCACUCCCGACCCGAUCUCCCUCGCCCUGCCUGCCCUCCAGCCCCUUACUCAUGCGAUCAGGUGUCCCACCUCCAGCCUCGCCUGCCUUUACCCGCCUUUCUUCGGCCAGUUCGCGAGGCUCGGGGCGCAAGCAUCCAACUCUGCAUCGUUCCAAAUCGGACCUAAGCGACCGGCUCUCGCGGGCCACUGCUGACCUGGAGCGCUUCUUUAACUACUGCGGGCUGGACCCUGAGGAGAUGGAGGACUUGGGUGGAGUGGAGCGCUUUGCCCGCGCCGCCUCCGACAUUGUCUCCGUCUCAAAGCUCCGUAGCGUCAGCACGCCUAGCUCAGAGUGUGGAGAUGAGGGCAGGGGGGAAGCGGAGGAAGAUGACUAUGACGAUGCCCCCCCUAGGCCCAGCGAGCGUGUUCCCUAUGGCAUCUCGGUCAUCGAAAGGAACGCACGCGUCAUCAAGUGGCUUUAUGGAAUACGACAGGCACGGGACACGCAAAGUGUAUCCAAUGUGUAGGUGUUCCCCCUUUGGUGUUCCCUGGAACUCCAAAUAGAAGGAAAAUAAAGGGGAAAGAGACCUUAAUGAAUGAACUCGUGAUGAACGUGAACAUGCCCUUUGUUGAUGAAUCUUUUGUUUAUACAUAUGAUAUAUUUAUGUUUUUGAGACUCUAAGUGAUGCUGAUUUUUGUACUGUAUAUUUGUUUUCCAUAUGGAGAAUUCUAGUUUUGCCUUACGAUAAGUUCAAGGACUUUUGUUCUUAUACAUCUCAUUCGUGUUUAAUUGGUGCAAAUAUUUUGUUGUACAUGGCCCGUUUUAGGUUUUUUACUUUUCUUGGGCUGUAAUGACAAUUUACCUCAAAAAGCGAGAAGGAGGGCGUGAACUGGAGCAAGCUUUAGAACUUCUGCACAUUGACUUGGAUAUAAAAGUCGUUUAAAGCAAUAAUUAAAAUAUAAAUGCUAAUAACUGUGAGAGACUGAGUGGAUGAUGAUAGUGAUGAUGAUGAUGAUGAUGAUGUUGAUGAUGAUGAUGUUGAAGAAGCAGACAGCAGUAGACCUGCUGCAAUGGUGCUGUUCAGGUACUUAGUCUUUAUUUCAAAUAGCAGAGAUACGGGAACUGUGGCUUUCUAAUAGUUGUAAGGGCUCUGUAAUGAUAACCAGCCAGGUACUGUUUAGCAGUAGAAUCCUCGUGUGUUUGUACAGCGUGAAUCAGGUAAUGGCGUAACUUCCAGGUGAAUAAGUGCAGAUAAGAAAAGAUCCGAAAGUCCACAGUCCCCCAGUUGCCGGUAGCAGGAGGGUCUCAGGGACCUGUGCUUAGUCAGCUGCAACUGGGAUUAUAGUAUAAAGACACAGCCAGCACACAGGAAGGCUAUGUUGAAGAUACGUUCACUGUCGCACACUAGGGCUGCACAAUAUAAAAAGAGCAUCAUAGUGCAACAAUACUGUUUAUACUUCAUUGUAAUAUGCCUUGAAAUGUGUUAGAAACACAAAGCCUUGAUCUGAUUCUUUACAUUAGUUGGAUGCCUUAUUUUAUUCAAAAACAGUACAGUACAAUAUUGUUCAUGGUCAUAAUUCCAAAAAAAGCUGAUCGCUGUUGUUUUUGUGUAGUCCUACAAUAAAUAUUAUGUAGGAUAAUCAAGGUGAUUUAUUGUAAUAUUGUUUGUUCAAAUCAAAUUUUAGUAAAAUUGUCAUAGUAUUGAACAACAUAAUCAUAUUUUGAAAAUCUGAGUAAUAGAAUAUUUUACUUUUAUUAAUGCAGUCACAACAGCAGGAUCUAAUAAUGGAGUACAACACUGCCAACAAGUAGUUGUGUUUAAAAAAAACACUACUCAAAAUUAACCACUAUCUGACACCAAGCUUUGGUGUAAACUAAUAACUAUACAUCAAUACUAUAUUAAAAAAAAAAAAAAAUAAAGUAUGCCAAAACAAAAUAUCGCUAUACUUCGGUAUAUCAAUGUUUGUUUUCUUACCCAACUAAUACAGAAUUUUUUUUUUUGUUGCAUAACAAAAUGACAGUGAUUUUAGAUAUUGUGCAGCCCUAAUGUAACCACAUACGUGUGCACAUGCAUGCACUCAGUAAAACACUCCUGUGCACACACACACACACACAGCUUACCCCUGCUCACUGUGCACACACACACACACAUCUUUAAGCUGUCAGUGUCGAGUGUAAGAAGGAAUGAACAUGCAAAGGACAAAGGACAACGAGGUUCUGUUGAUCGAGGGUCUGUGACGCUCUAAACUAUGAGGCGUGAAACUCUAUACUAUAUGAUACUGUGAAGGAACUCCUGAGCUUCCUUAUAUUCACUUUAUACACUUCCUCUCUUUAUCAGUGGCUGUUUGGACAGUUCAUAUUGAUUCAUAUUGAUGUCAGCAUGUGACUUCCGCUUCCGUUAGCAUGCACACACACUUGUGUACAGGUGAAUUUUUUUUUGCCUCAAUAUAACGUGGAAAGCCAUUUCAGCAAAAGCAAUUUGCAAAAGCACAGUUGCACCCGCAGCCACACGUUCGUUCCAGCACUCUUGAACAUUUGUAUGUUCAGCAUCUAAUUUAGGAAUGAAGUUCUGUGGGAUUCUGUUCUUUUUUUUUCGUUGUUGUUUUUGUGUUCAGCAGGGCAUUGGGUAGGAUUGGGUUUGUGCAGCAAAGUGUUUUCCUCUCUCUGUGAGGAGUUAUAUAAUUGUGAAGAGUGAAGAAGGUUGCGUCAUGUGUGGGAUGGACGCAGGAGGUAGGGAUGUGGAAGAACCCGAGAGAGAGCGCAGGAGUCAGGUCGGGACAGAAACUCUCAGGUUUGCGUUCUGUGUAGGGGGUGGGGAUACGCAGUCACAUCUCUUUACUGCAGAGAUGGAUGGAUGGAUGGAUGAAUGAAUGGAUGGAUGGAUGAAGUCAUGAGGGAGAAAUGUUGCUUUAAAGAAAGCUGGAAUUGAAAGGAUGUUGAAUAGAUGUUACCAUGGGACACAGUUUGUUUGUGGUCAGAGAAGAAAGACACAAUGCUGUUUUCCAACCUGCUUUUUCUUUAGUUCAGGUCAGCAAUCACUGAACUUAGUUUAAUGUUAAAUGUGCUUCCAAACCGUUUUAACCUGCAUACCUUCAAUAGGACAACUCAAACAUUUCAGAGCUACAGAGACACAAAUGCACGCUAACGUCAACAAUGUAGAAAUCACAUGAAGAAGAAUAUGCUCAGCCGUGUUCAAUGGACAAUGAAGUAUGACUUGGGUUCUAUGGUAAGUUUUGUUAAGAGCUUGAGGCUCAGCACAUCAAAAGCAAGGAAUAUCUGAUGCAAAAUGUCUUUUAAAGAUGUCAAUAAAGAAAGAUUUUUGCAAAA